AUGCUUACAAGACUGCGACCUGUUUUGAGGGGUGGCGUGAAAGCGUCGUUGCCCUCGCUGACAAAGACCGUGUCACCUCUUCGUGGCUACUCCUCCCUGGUGGCCUCUCACGACUCCCCCAACCUGGUGAACCUCUCUGAAGCCCCCUUUCUGCUCAACUCCGCCAACGCCGCCCUGUCUCAUCCAGAACUGGCAGGCACAGCUGCGGCCGAGGGCCAGGCCAAGCAGCUCAACCUGUACCAGAGUGUGAACGACGCUCUGAAAACGGCGCUGGAGACAGACGAAACUGCCGUGCUGUUUGGAGAAGACGUGGCCUUUGGAGGCGUGUUCCGGUGCUCCAUGGAUCUCCAGGAGCGAUUUGGAGCAGACCGGGUCUUCAAUACCCCCUUGACCGAACAGGGACUCGUGGGAUUCGGUAUUGGAUACGCUGCCUAUGGAUCCACAGCGAUCGCUGAGGUCCAGUUUGCAGAUUACGUGUUCCCCGCAUUUGACCAGAUUGUCAACGAGGCUGCCAAGUACCGUGCUCGGUCGUCGUCCAACUUUGACGCCGGAGGACUCACCAUCCGAAUGCCCUGUGGAGUAGUUGGCCAUGGCGCCAUGUACCACUCUCAGUCCGGAGAGGCCUUUUUCAGCCACUCUCCAGGCAUCAAGGUGGUCAUGCCCCGUUCGCCCUUCCAGGCCAAGGGUCUGCUGCUGGCUUCCAUUCGAUCCAAGGACCCCAUCAUCUUCAUGGAGCCCAAAAUCCUGUACCGAGCAUCCGCCGAGUACGUGCCCACCGAGGACUAUGAGUUGCCCAUUGGCAAGGCAGACGUGAUGCAGGAGGGCAGUGACGUGACCAUUGUUGGAUACGGCACGCAGCUGUACCAUAUUCAUGCUGCUGCCAAGAUGGCCGAACAGAAGCUCGGUGCGUCUGUGGAGAUCAUUGACCUGCGGACCAUUUCGCCUUGGGACCGUGACACAGUGUUUGAGUCUGUCAAGAAGACGGGCCGGUGUGUGGUGACCCACGAGGCGCCUCGAACCGGUGGAAUUGGCGCGGAGGUGGCCGCCGAAGUCCAGGAAAAGUGUUUCCUGCAUCUCGAGUCGCCCGUCCAACGAGUCACUGGCUGGGACACUCACAUGUCGCUUGCAUUUGAAGAUCUCCAGGUCCCCAACGUGACCCGAAUCUUCCACUCCAUCAAAAAGGCCAUUGAGUAUUAG